UUUUGUUUCUUUAACAUACAAUUCAUAAUUAAUUAUAUUGAAUUAUUCAAUCUUAUUGGAGCUUUCCAUUAGAUCUUGUGAGAAACUUAAGCGAGCAACGUGGCUUUUAUUGUAUGCCACAAAUAGAAUAUGGGAUAUUGCAUUAAAAAAGUUUAUGAUAAUUAUUCCAACAAGAAACAAAAGACUGUCAUAUGAAACGGGAAUCUAAUUUUUUCUUUAUUUUGUUCCUACUCAGCUAUUGUGCAAUUAAGAUAGUUAUAUUAUAAAAUACACUAUAAGUGAAAGUGAAAAUAUGGGACUCUGCAAAUGCCCAAAAAGAAAAGUCACGAAUCAAUUUUGUUUCGAACAUCGUGUAAAUGUUUGCGAAAAUUGCAUGGUUACAAAUCAUCCAAAAUGCGUUAUUCAAUCAUAUUUGCAAUGGCUUCAAGACAGUGAUUGCAAUCCAAUUUGUACAUUUUGCAAAGAAAAUUUAAAUAUUAGAGAAUGUUGUCGACUAACUUGUUAUCAUGUCUAUCAUUGGGCAUGUCUUGACUCUUACUGUAGAAGAUUACAAGAAUCAGAUAAUCCUACAUGCCCAACAUGUAAUUCACGUAUUAUUCCACAAUCAAAUUUGGUAUCUCCAGUAGCUGAUGUUUUAAGAGAAAAGCUUAUAGGAGUAAAUUGGGGAAGGUCUGCCCAAGGACUACCUUUGCUAAGUUUUGAAAAGGAAGAAAAGUUAGAUGAAGCUAAUAUUGUGGUAUUAGAGAAAACUCAAUCACCUGUACAUCAAAAUCAUACAAUGUCAACAUUGGCCACUUCUAGAGCAAGUGGCACUGUGACUUUAUCACAUUCUAUUUCCAAUAAUAUACACUCUAAUAAUCAGAAAAUUGGUCCGCCAUAUUCUAUUAUAAAUAUGGAAUCUAAUUUAGCUAUAACCAAUCCUUCACCAAGAAAAAUUUUUGAAGCAUAUGACGAUCCUAAAGAUUAUUCAUUUGAUCACGAUGAAAAUAAAUAUCAAAGAAAAUCAGCGAUAGAAUGGUUUUUUAGGUGGCGAAAAUUAAUAACAAAAACUCGAAUUCAUAAAAGAAAUACUGUAGGAUUACUGCAUAAACGAUAUGCAAUUUUAAUAAUUAUUGGAAUUGGUAUAUUUAUUUGUAUAAUAAUGCUAUUUUCAUGGUUGGGUAAAAUGGCAACAGAUGGUGAUCCUUUAUAUAAUCCAAUUAAUCAUCCACUGAUUAAUGUUGAUAAAAACAGUGAUUAAUUUAAUUGAUUAUAAAUAUACUGUGCUAUGCCCAGAAUGCUGUUUUAUAUUUAGAAAAUGUCUAUUGCAUGUGAACAAUAGCGAUGUAUAAGAUAGAGUGAUUAAUUUGAUUUUGUACAAGACAAUGGUAAUCAUUUUACAGUUUCAUUAUAUACAGAUUUAAUAGACCAAAUACAAACUAAAUACAUAAA